UAGAAUCAAGCAAAAAAAGCAACGGUAUAGAAUGCAUCGUAAGGGAACGUUUCUGGUUCUGUCGACGUGUCUGGUGCUGGCAUGCGCCGCUGUCGCCGUUCUUUACUCAUCAGGCUCAUCAUUGCAUCACAGCUUAAACAAACGUGCAGAAAGAACGAAACGAGAAUUAAGUGAUGGCAGCACUGAGACGGCAGACGUUGCCCUGCCGCUUCCCCCCAACAAGGAAGACGACAAAAUCGCAGAAGAAGACGCGAUCACUGGCAACGAGGUAGAGGCGAAAGCAUACCCUGCCGAAAAAGAAGGCGCGACCAAAGCAGCCGCCCUAGAUGAAACAAAACAGGUUUCUCCACUUCCGGAGGAAGACAAACCGGAAACGGAAGACGCGUCGCCUACGGUUGUUGAAACUCCGUCGACGGAAUUCGUCGUCGCCAGCAACGAAACCUGGCCGAGCGACGUAACUGACGAUGAUGUCAUCGACGACGACGCCGAGCCUGACGUCAUCACCGACGACAUUCUGAACGAGGUGAGGCCCCCUAGCGAGACGACGGAGAUGGAGGUCGACCGACGCAUACCUGUCGACAUCGGCUACGAAGAUUAUCCGCUGACGACGCCGACGCCGCCGCCCGCCGCCAGGGGGAGCAGCGCCGUGCCCGCAACGACCCCUAGCGUCGAUACAUCGUACGAUGAAGCGAGCGACGCAACCAUGGCAACCGACGACGCCACCGAAGAUGGCGGCGUCGACGCUUCGGUAACGACGGGUGGCGACGGGCGAGACGACGACGGUGGCAGACGAGGGGCAAGAGAGCGGCGGGCGGCAAGAAUUCGUCGUCGCCAGCAACGAAACCUGGCCGAGCGACGUACCCGACGAUGACGUCAUCGACGACGACGCCGAGCCUGACGUCAUCACCGACGAAAUUCUGAACGAGGUGCGGCCCCGUAGCGAGACGACGGAAGACGAGGUCGACCGACGCAUACCUGUCGACAUUGGCUACGAAGAUUAUCCGCUGACGACGCCGACGCCGCGGCCCGCCGCCAGGGGGAGCA